CACACAGUAGAGGUCUGAAACAAGAGCCAUUUCCCACAACCCACUGAGAAAACAAAACCGCCCCCGUCGGCUUCCGUACGACCCAGAGUACUGCGCAUGCGCAAGACCUUAAACUGGGACUCGGCGAGCAGGCCGGCUUGUGGAAGUCUCGCGGUGUUUGAAUUUGAACCGCUUGGCGGGUGCCGCCGGGACAUGGCGGCCUCUCUGCGGCGACCGGAGAAUCGGCUCUUCCGGACUUAUGGGGCUGCUGGCGGCGGGAGACCGCAGCGGCGGCGGUCGGGCCGGACAGCCGCUCAGUGGUUCCCGCCACAGGACCGGAAGCAUUUGUUCAGCAGCAGCAGCGAUGCCAGCAGCGGCCGCUCCCAGUCUGUGGCUUCCGACGAUCCUGACGAUCCUGACGACCCUGACUUCUCCGGCAGCUCCGUCGUCCUACGGCGAAGGCGUCCUGGCGGCAGAGUCUUCAAGGACCGGCUGACGCUGACCGCGACCCCUAGACACCUGAGGCUGCGACCUCGGCCGCCGCAGAAGUGCAGCACCCCUUGCGGCCCGCUCCGACCGCCGCCUUUCCCCAGCAGCCACCCAGACCACCUCAGCCCGGACCUCGGCGUGUGCAGCCAGCCCAGGGACGGCGACGAGCUGGGCACCAGUGCGUCCCUGUUCAGCACUCCAUCCUCGACCGACCUCAGACCGCCCGCGCCAGGAGACGGUAACAUCUCCAUCAGCUCCUCCGCCUCCCCGGAUGCAGCCUGUACUGACACGAGCCGUUCCCCAGUCCCGGCAACCUCGCGGGGCCAGGCAUCUCUGCCCCACUCCCAGGAAACAUCAAGAGGAGGCGGGUUCCACGAGAUGGUCCGCCGAGCUAGUGCCAGCCUCAGGUCAGCACUCUUUAGCCUCAUGGACUCAGGAAACCUUGAGGAUUCUGAGUUUGGGACAAAUGGGAAGACUGAGAAGGAGUCCCGUAGUGAAAGGCAGCUGACAAGAAACAGGCUGGAGAGCUUAGAUCUAAGAAGCACAGGUAAGAAGAGAACCACAGACCAGGGCUCUUUUCAAAAGCUGGGAUGUCAAGGGGCCGCCCGGAAAGACUGUGCGGAGGCCAGUGGUUGCCAGGGCGUAGUUGUACCUGGGAAGAGCCACAGGCCUAAAAGAACUGGGCAAAGCCAGAAGAGGAAACACCAGGAAGUGGAAACCUCUCUCUGCCAUUACCACCUGUUUAAAAGGGGCCAAAAGACGGGGAAAGAUUCAUUCCUCUCUCAGGACCUGACUCCCCAGAAGGCCUGUUCUUGGGUUAAAGCUAAGGCCGCCUUCAGCUUCCACAAGAAGAAAGUUGUGACUGAUCUGUCAGAGGUGUGCAGCAGCUAUACCAUUGCCAGUUCUCUCUCUGGGUCCCUCCUAUCAGAAAGUUUAAGCCCUUCUGCCGCGAACAGAACAAAUAGUGCUCUGGAUCCUUGGCGCUCUUCUUCUAUAUAUUUGCUGAGCCCGUCAAGGAGUCUGCAUGUUGCAGACAAAAAGGCAUCUGAUGCUGAAAAGGUCUAUGGGGAAUGCAAUCAAGAAGGCCCUGUCCCCUUUAGUUACUGCCUUUCCAAGGAAAAACUGGAACAUUGUGAGAAGAUUGGGGAAGGGGUUUUUGGUGAAGUGUUUCAAACAAUUGCUGAUAACACACCUGUAGCUCUAAAAAUCGUUGCUAUUGAAGGAGCAGCUUUAGUGAAUGGAUGCCAUCAGAAAACCUUCGAGGAAAUCUUACCAGAGAUUAUCAUCUCCAAAGAGUUGAGCCUCUUGUCUGGUGAGGUGUCCAACCGUACAGAAGGCUUUAUUGGCCUGAACUCAGUGCAUUGUGUUCAAGGUUCUUACCCUUCCUUGCUGCUCAAAGCUUGGGAUCACUAUAACUCAACCAAAGGGUCUGCAAAUGACCGGCCUGACUUUUUUGAGGAAGACCAACUCUUCAUUAUAUUGGAAUUUGAGUUUGGUGGGGUUGACUUAGAGCAAAUGAAAACAAAUUUGCCCUCCAUAGCUACUGCAAAGAGCAUUCUACACCAGAUCACAGCAUCCCUUGCAGUGGCAGAGGCAUCACUGCGCUUUGAGCACCGAGACUUACACUGGGGAAAUGUGCUCCUAAAGAAAACCAAUCUCACAAAGGUCCACUAUACCCUUAAUGGGGAGACAAGAACAAUCCCUACCUGUGGGCUGCAAGUCAACAUCAUUGACUACACCCUGUCACGGUUGGAGCGGGAUGGGAUUGUGGUUUUCUGUGACAUUUCUACAGAUGAGGACCUAUUUACAGGUCAAGGUGAUUACCAGUUUGAGAUCUACAGGCUCAUGAGGAAAGAGAACAACAACUGCUGGUAUGAAUAUCACCCUUAUAAUAAUGUGCUCUGGCUACAUUACCUCACAGACAAGAUCCUAAAUGACAUGACCUUUAAGAAAAAAUGUAACACUCCUUCUUUAAAGCAAAUGAAGAAAAAAAUCCAGUAUUUCUAUAAAACAGUGCUUGACUUCAGCUCUGCCACCGACCUGCUCUGCCAACACCGUCUAUUUCGCUCCACAGGCCUUCUCCACCUCUAUAGCAUCACAUUAGUUCCCUUUUACAGCAAGACUAGUUGGCACUGCUUCUGUGAUGACCACUAGGGGGUUUCUAGAACCCAAUCCUUGUGCCCCAGUGAUCAGUGUUGGAGCCUGGGUUCUAAGCAGCCUCUUCUCAAAGAAGGAUAUGCCCACAUCUAUUCUGACUGCUGCUUCCAUCCACAAGAGGGAUUCCCUGAAGUUGUCUUCUGUGCAUGGCAGUCACACAGGUGCGGCCCCU